UUUACUAUAUUUUCAGGCAACGCAUAUUAAAAUGGCACCAUCGAAUGAAUCCCACAAAACAUUUGCUACUGUAGGUAUUGUUGUAACCCUUACCUUGUAUCUCAUCCGACGUCGAUUUCGUGGAGCAACCUGCAAAAGUUUAGCUCUGAUGCAAGGGAAGACCGUCAUCAUCACGGGUGCCAACACAGGGAUCGGACGGGAGACAGCCCUGUCCCUGGCUGUCCGAGAGGCUAGGGUUAUUCUAGCCUGCCGCGAUGUUCAGAAAGGAGAAAAUGCAGCUAAAUAUAUUCGAAAGAAUACCCCUGAUGGAGAGGUUGUUGUCAAAAAACUCGACCUAGCUUCAAUGAAAUCAAUCCGAGAGUUUGCAGAAGAUAUUAUUAAAGCAGAAAAAAGAUUAGACGUUCUUAUAAAUAACGCUGGUAUUUUUCAACCACCUCUCCAGCAUACUGAAGAUGGGUUCGAGCUUCAGUUCGGGGUAAACCAUUUGGGGCACUUUCUAUUAACAAAUUUACUACUGGAUUCAUUAAAACAAACUGAAAUGAGCCGUAUUGUGAUUGUGUCAUCGUCGCUCCAUAAACGUGGACGUAUCAAUUUUGACGACCUCAACAGCGAAAAACAUUACCACAAAGGUGAAGCGUACAACAAUAGUAAACUAGCAAAUGUAAUGUUUGCCAGGGAACUACACAGACGUCUCGCUGGUUCCAAUGUAUCUGUCUAUUGCCUUCAUCCUGGAGUGGUUAACACUAACUUGGGUCGUUACUUUCCAUGGUGGUUACAUAUUAUUUUCACACCAUUGAAAUGGUUGUUUUUUAAAACUGCAACACAAGGUGCUCAAACUACUAUCCAAUGUGCUGUUGCUGGGGAGCUGACAGGUGUAAGUGGCCAUUACUAUGGUAACUGUAAAGAGGAACCAUGGGAUAAAGCAGCACUGGAUGAUGAUGCUGCCAAGAAGCUUUGGGAAGUCAGUGAACAAAUGACAAAAUUGUAAUUUAAAAAACUGUUUUGUUUGCUUUUUAAUAGUAAAAAGUUUGAUUUUCUAUCAUGAGCACUCUAAAUCAAACAGAUGAAUAUAACUAACUGUAGUUUCAUUCAUUUCUUUAUUCAGUCAAAAUCAACAUACAAAUCAUGGAAUUUUCAUAGGAUUGAAAAAAGUAAAAACGGACUUCGCAAAGUUGCAUAAAAUCAAGAACAAUUUAGAACAAAUGCACAUUGAUUGAGAAUUGAAGGAGAACAUUAUAAGGGAUGAGAUGCAUCAUCAUUAGUCACAAGUAUCCUGUAAUGAAUCCUGCAAAACUGAUAAAAUUCUAAUUAUAAAAUAUUACAUUGGUUUCUAUUGUUAAAGGGCAGUAAAUAAUUGAUGAAUCCCAAUAA